AUCGGCCGAAAACGGCCUUUGAAUUGUUUGAAGGCACGUGGCAGUGGGUUCGAUGUCUGAUGGCGAUUUGCAAUGCGCCGGCCACAUUUCAACGGGCUAUGAACGUGACAUUUCAGAACUUCAUCAGCAAGACACGGCUCACUCUGGGGAUGAUUUACUUCUGCGUCAUCGUCUACAUGGAUGGCAUCCUCGUCUACUCGGAGACUUUUCACGGUCAUGCACAACACAUCGAAUGGACGUUGGAGGCUCUGAGAGAUGCUGGGUUCAAGAUCACGCUCGAGAAAAGCGAGUUUUUCCUCUCGGAAAUCUCGUUCUUGGGUAACGUGGUGACACGUGGAGGACUGCGACCAGAUUCAAGGAAAGUCGCGGCGGUGAAAGAUGCUCUUGUCCCCACGUUAGUGACGCAAGUUCGAGCUUUCCUGGGACAGGCAUCAUACUACCGUUGUUUUAUCAAAGGUUUCGCUGCAAUUGCGCGACUGCUGACGAAUCUGCUGCGAAAGGACCAGCCCCUCAGUUGGGACGCAGAGUGCAAACAAGCCUUCGCCACCCUCAAAGGCGUUUUGGCGGCGGCAUCUAUUUUGAUCCGGCCGGACCCUACGAAGCAGUUCAUUCCCAUCACGGACUGGCAGCCAGAGGCGAUUUCCGCUAUUCUAGCGCAAAAGGGGAACGACGGUCGAGAGCACGUCAUCGAGUACACGUCUCGUACAGUGCUAGACGGACGGAGAAACGAUUCAGCCCCACAAGGUGAAUGUUAUGCGAUAGUCUGGGGAAUCCAACACUUCCAUCCGUAUUUGUACGGACAAAAGUUUCUCUUUGUAACUGAUCACGAGCCAUUACUGGCUCUCAAGAAACUCACUAAUUACACGAGUAUGAUCGGACGGUGGGUGGUGCACUUACAGGAAUACGAUUUCGACAUCAUCCACCGAAAGACAGAGAGGCACGGCAACGCGGACGGGUUGACACGUCUGCAUCGCCCCGCUAAGUGGUCGGCUUGCCUCGAGGAGUUAGCGGGCAACAACAACCCGCCAUCGCAACAACCAUACCUGGAUCCCCGGGGGAUAAUCGACCGCGCUUUCUUUCAGCCUCGAACAACCUCAGAAGACGAAGCGAUAACAAUAGAGGAGGAGGAGGAAGAGGACAAAGAGGGAGGCGACGAGGAAGAAGAAGAAGAAACCCUGGAAGAGGGAAGUUACAUUGAGCACAGCGAGGGCGAGAAGAGCGACGACGAGGAAGAAGAAGACGAGGAGGAAGAAGAGGAAUCUGAGUGGGAAACCCUGGGAGAAGAGGCGGAAGGCGCGGAGGAGGAUCCCGAGGCCGCACGAAAGAGAGAAGAAAUCGCCGCCGGCAAGCAGCAGCUGGAAUACGCAAGCGAGGCAGAUCUGCCAAUCUCGAACGAUCCAGCUAAGGAUCCGGAGCCGCCUAAGCCAGAAGAUGGGAACCUUGCUGCCGAGACUUCAAGCGCACCGGCCAGCCGACGACAAAGCUGAUCCCCCUCCCCCUCCACCCCAGCCUGUCCACCAGUUCGAGCUCGUACGGAUGCGGGGCAUA